AACCCUCACCUUCAGGAGCGACAACUUCUGUUUUACCCCAAGAUAAUGUAAAAUGCAAUAUUCAUCUCAAACAUCUCAAGAAACCUUACCUUCAAAAGCUUUUGGAAGAUCGCAAUUGGGUGAAGGAUCUGAUGACCACUCUCUUUUAG